GUUUCCGGGCGGUCCGCGCGGUUGGAACGUGUUAGGGCCGAGGUUCCCAGGACUUGGAAGAGGACGGGCGUGAGCAACCAUGGCCGGGCAGUGCUUCCCGGUACCCCGGCUCGAGGGCGUUUCGCAGGAGCAGUUCAUGGAGCACCUCUAUCCGCAGAGAAAACCUCUAGUGUUGGAAGGAAUUGAUGUGGGGACAUGUACAAGCAAAUGGACGGUGGAUUACCUAAGCCAAAUUGGAGGGAGGAAAGAGGUGAAGAUUCAUGUUGCUGCAGUUGCCCAGAUGGACUUCAUUAGUAAGAACUUUGUGUAUAGAACUUUACCUUUUGGCAAGUUGGUUCAGAGGGCCUCUGAAGAAAAGCAUAAGGAAUUCUUUAUUUCAGAGGAUGAGAAGUACUACCUACGAUCACUUGGAGAAGACCCUAGAAAGGAUGUUGCAGAUAUCAGAAAGCAGUUUCCUUUAUUGGAAGGAGAUAUUAAGUUUCCAAAAUUCUUCAAAGAAGAGCAGUUCUUUUCCAGUGUUUUUCGAAUUAGCUCACCAGGGUUACAACUUUGGACCCACUAUGAUGUAAUGGAUAACUUCUUAAUACAAGUGACAGGAAAAAAGCGUGUUGUACUAUUCAGUCCUCGAGAUGCCCAAUAUUUAUAUUUAUCAGGUACUAAAUCAGAAGUACUGAAUGUAGAUAACCCAGACUUAGCUAAAUAUCCACUGUUUUCCAAGGCUAGACGGUAUGAAUGUUCCCUUAAAGCUGGAGAUGUAUUAUUCAUUCCUGCUUUAUGGUUCCAUAAUGUAGUAUCUGAAGAGUUUGGAGUGGGAGUGAAUGUCUUUUGGAAGCAUCUUCCAUCUGAAUGCUAUGAUAAAACGGAUACCUAUGGAAACAAAGAUCCUACAGCAGCAUCAAGAGCUGCACAAAUUUUGGACAGAGCCUUAAAAACCCUGGCUGAAUUACCAGAGGAAUACAGGGACUUCUAUGCACGGCGAAUGGUCUUGCACAUUCAAGACAAAGCCUAUAGCAAAAACUUUGAAUAAAUAUUGAAGUGAAUGCAGUGAGCAUAAACUUUUAAAUACAGUUCAACUCAAAUAUUGGAAAAGUAUAACAAGAUGUAAAUUAUUUUUUUAAAGAUUUAUCCUUUGUUAAAAUAGGAAAGAUAAAUCAAUCUCAGAUUUACAGAUUAAAUAAGUAUGAAGGCAUGUUUGUGUGGUUUCUACUUAAUACAGAUUGUUAUGGUUGAAAAAGUGCUGCAGUGGGACAGCUCUUUAGCUUUCAGGUGCAAAUAACUAAAAAUCCAACUUAAAAUGACCUAAACAAUAAGAAAAUGUAUUGAAUCAUUAUACAUGAAGUCUACUGAUAGAAAGGGCUUCAGUAUUUCCAUUCCAGUGAUUCAGAAGUGUCACCAGGAACCUUUGGGGGUUUUUUCUCCCGUUUUCAACUGCAGCGUUGGCAUCAUCCUAGUGCUGGCUACCCUCGUGGUCAUGGGAUGGUUGCCAAUAGCAGUUGGGGCUGUGUGCAUGUUCAUUUACAUGAAGUGGAGGAAUCAGGGAGGAUUCCAGGGGCCCUCUCUUAACAUGCAAAAGCUUUCCCAGAAUUUGCCGCCAGAUGCUUGGGUCUCAUUGAUCUAAAGUGGCUUAGACCUGUCCAUCCCUGAGCCAGUCACUAGUAAAGGAUAUGGAAUAACUCUUAGGUCAGUUGGGGCUACUGGAGCUGGAAGUAGAAUCCACUGCCCCUGAGACACAUGAGGUAUAUAUAUGGGGGCAGAAUGGAUAAUUUUUAGAAUCAGAAUCCAGAUAAGGAAAAAACAUGGGCAACGAACAAUAUGUACUACAUUAAUCUUUUGAGCUUUUUAUAACAUACAGAUGCCUAGGCCCCAUCUUUGUAGACUCUGAUUCAGUAUUUUGGGGGUUUGGCAUAGGUAUCUAUUUAAUAGAACUCAUAGAUUGUUUUGAUGCAUAAUUAGGAUUGAGAACAACUGGAUUAGAUGAUAGUGAUUUGGACUAUUAGUUUUGUGAUUUGUCCAAAGCAAAUGUUUAAUCUGAUCCUGGUUUUCUUGGUACCCAGUAAAAGGCCUGCCCUUUUCAGUUUUUGAAUGUCAGAAAAUAUUCAAAUCAGUUUUAAUUUAUACCUAUGGCUAAACUUUAA